UCUACCCGUCUGGCAGGCAGCCUGGCCCGGCCCCUUCUCUAAGGAAGCGCAUUUCCUGCCUCCCUGGGUCGGGCUGGAUGAGCCAGGAGCUCCCUGCCGCUGCUGGUCAUACUCCAGCCUCCAUCUGCGUGCACAGGCUAGGACCACUGCCGCCACUGCUAUCCACAGGAGCUCAGCACCCCACCCUGCCCAUCUGUUGGCCAGUGACUCCAGCUCGGCCCUGCAUCCCUGUGCCCACUUCUCCUGACCCCUCAGCCACCACCCCAGAAGGCUGGAGCAGGGACGCCGUCACUCCGGCCGCCUGCUCCCCUCAGGUCCCCGCUCGAGCCCACGCCGGCCCCGGCGCCCACCCGCCGCCCUGCCCCUGGACACCGGAUAAGGCCCAGUGCUCAGGCUCCUGGGUGGACAUCAUGGCCCACGGCAUGCUCCCCCUGGCUGUCAUCCUGCUGCUGGCCGGCCGUAGCGUCAGCCCCACAGGUCUUGCAGAAACCAGCCAUUGUGACCUACAGCCUGUGGACCCUGAGAGGGGUGAGGUGACAUAUACUACUAGCCAGGUCUCUGAGGGCUGCGUGGCUAAGGUUCCCAAUGCUAAAUUCGAAGUCCACGUUCUCUUCCUGGAGUUCCCAAGGGAGGUGUCACAAGUGGAGCUGACUCUCCAGGCAUCCAAGCAAAAUGGCACUCAGCCCCAAGAGGUGCUUCUGGUCCUCAGCGUAAACAAGAAUGUCUUCUUGCAACUCCAGGCCCUGGGCAUCCCACUUCACUUGGCCUUUAACCCCAACCUGGUCACCAUCCAAGAGUUUCCCAGAGUCAACACCACACAGCUGCCACCUUUCACCACCAAGAACCAGAUCCUUGACUGGGCAGCUGCUAAGAGCCCUAUCACCUCUCUUGCUGAGCUGGAUGACCCCCAUAGCAUCCUCCUCCGUCUGGGCCAAGAUGAGAAAAUGGAGGCCGGUGGAAACGCACAGGAUCACUCAGCGGCCCAGAGGUCGCUAUCCUUCUGCCUGCCGGAACCCCGCCGAGACAUGGGCCGCACUCUUGAAUGGCGGCCGCGGACCCCGGCCUUGGUCCGCGGCUGCCGCUUGGAAGGCGCGACCGGCCACAAGGAGGCGCACAUCCUGAGGGUCCUGCCCAGCUCCUCCUCCAGGCCCCGGACGGUGACAGUGAAGGUGGAACUGAGCUGCGCAUCUGGUGAUCCGGACGCCAUCCUCAUCCUGCAGGGUCCACCCUACGUUUCCUGGCUCAUCGACGCCAACCACAACAUGCAAAUCUGGACCACUGGGGAGUACUCCUUCAAGAUCUUUCCAGAGAAGAACAUCCGUGGCUUCGUGCUCCCAGACACACCCCAAGGCCUCGUAGGGGAGGCCCGGAUGCUCAACGCCAGCGUCAUAGCGUCCUUUGUGGAGUUACCUCUGGCUGGUGUUGUCUCACUGAGGGCUCCUAGCUGUGGCGGUGGGCUGCAGACCUCACCUGCUCCAGUCCAGACCACUCCUCCCAAAGACACCUGCAGCCCAGGGCUGCUCAUGUCCCUGCUCCAGCCGCAGUGUGCCAAUGACGUCAUGACUCUGGUACUCAAGAAAGAUCUUGUCGCGAAAAAAGUGCAGUGUGUCAAUGUGGACAGCCUCUCCUUCCAGCUGGGCUUCUACCUCAGCCCGCACUUCCUCCAGACCUCCAACACCAUCGAGCUGGGCCAGCAGGGCUUUGUGCAGGUGAGCGUGUUCCCACCAAUCCCUGAGUUCGUGUUCCAGCUAGACAGCUGCCACCUGGAUUUGGGGCCUGAGGGGGACACCGUGGAACUCAUCCAGGGCCGGGCGGCCAAGAGCAGCUGGGUGAGCCUGCUGUCCCCAAGCCCUAAUGGUGACCUGCGCUUCAGCUUCCUCCUCCGUGUCUACAUGGUGCCCAUGCCCACAACUGGCACCCUCAGCUGCACAGUAGCCCUGCGUCCUAGGACCUUGUCCCAGGACAUACACAGGAUAGUCUCCACCCGCCUGAAUGUCAUCAGCCCUGAUCUGUCUGGUUGCACAGGCAAAGGCCUCCUCCUGCCCGCUGUGCUGGGCCUCACCUUCGGUGCAUUCCUCAUCGGGGCCCUGCUCACCGCUGCACUCUGGUACAUCUACUUGCACACGCGUCCCCCCAGCAACCGGGAGCCCGUGGUGGCAGUGGCUGCCCCCGCCUCCUCAGAGAGCAGCAGCACCAACCACAGCAUCGGGAGCACCCAGAGCACCCCCUGCUCCACCAGCAGCAUGGCGUAGCACCUGGCCCGGCCAGCCUUCACCCAGCAGGAGAGACUGAGCAGCAACCAGCUGGGAGCCACUGGCCGUGAACUGACCCCAGGAGCCCAGUCUUCCACUCAGCCAGGGAUGGGGCAUGCUGCUUCCUAUCUCCCUCUCAGAAGUCGGCUGCCAACAGGGGCACCGGCUUGGAAUACCUUGGAGUCCCCCCACCCUAUUCCACAGAACUUCAACCCAGUAGGUCUGGGAUAUGGCUGCUGGGACCAUGAAGAGAGGCCACUUUCCACGUUGUUGGAGAAACCCAAGUCCCUAUCAUUGAACCUGGAUGUGGCACUGGGAGAAGAGAACUCAAAAAAGGCCCAGUCCAGCCCAUCCAAGCUGACCACACCUCCCCCAGGGGAAUGGGAAUGGGCCCAGCCCAGAGCCAGCUGGAUCUGUCCCUGCAGCUCCCACACCUGGACUGACACAACUGUACUGUGGAAGAUAAUAGCCUUGGGGGGCCCAGCCUGGGAGCCCAGGGGUUAAGAAGAACAGUGGUGGUGGGGAGGCCACAGGGCAUCAACCUGCCCUUCAGGCAGGCAGCAGGGAAGUGGCCGGGCUGCCUGUCCUGGGCCCACCCUAUAUAUGCCCCACCAAUAAAUCAGACCAUAAAACCAGA